AUGGUUCGACUAAGUAUCGCUGUUCAGAUUUAUUCAAAGAGCAACAUUUUUUGUUGUUUGCGCCUUAAGUUGUCAAUGUCGAUUAUUGCAUACUUGUGUGCAAUGUCGAUACUUUACACGUACAGUCGCGUCAAUCGUUGUUUGUUACACAGAUGUUUGUAAUCACUUCCAGUAAACAUAAAUACAACGUGCUCUUCAAAGCAUUGAGAUGUUGAUGCUUAUGCGCAUUGCGCGUGUAUGUACAGUGGCGUCGAUCGCCUUAUAACGUUGCAUUCAUAUGUAUUGGUAAUACAGCUCACUGUAUUAUGAAAUAGAAACAUACACUUAGACACAUUUCAUGUCGAAUUCUUAAAGUGUCAUAUUAAGGAGAUGUCGUUUUAUUUUUCAGUUCAAUACAAAACGGAACUUCUUAUUAAUAAGUGAAGAUUUUAAAUAAGAGAAAGUUCAAAUCAAGUGAUAUUUUUUUAGUGAAAAUAAGAAAUUAAAAUGCGUCUUCGAUCAGCUCUUGGAAGUGAGAAUGAAAUCAGUGAGUCAAAGAAUGAUUCACUUCACAGAAAAUCUAAGCGGUCUCUUUGUUCGAAAAAAGACAUCAAUAGUAGUCUGAAUAAAAAUGGAGAGAAAUCGAAGAAGGAUUUCAAAAAAUCUAACAAAAAGACACUGAUAAAGCACACUUCACACUGGGUAGCCGGGGAAUUAGCUCUUGCAAAGAUGCGUGGGUAUUGUUUUUGGCCAUCGAGUAUUUUAGGCAUUUCAAAGAGCACAGCCACCGUAUUAUUUUUUGGAACAAAUCAAACGGGCUCUGUUCCGUUGACAAAUUUAAUGUCUUUUGGAAACAAUGCAGCUGAAGAAACAAUCAAGAAAAAUCUCACUCGGAAGGGGUUCGAAAAAGCAUUCAAAGAAGUACUUUGUAUUUUACCAAACAAAUUAAGCAAGAAACUAAAAAAUGUUCUAGUUUAAAAAAUCACAUACACAAAACACGUACGAUAUAUUUGUUGAUCACAAAAAAUAGACACUAUAUUUUAAGAAGUUUGCUAGAUCGAAAAUAAUUCUCAAAAAUUGUUGGUUAUUGUACUUGUUAUCAUCAAAUUUUUUACAAAAAAUAUCAUAUUCAAAAUGAGAAAUGUUUAACAGAUAAUUGUUUAAAAAAAUAUAGUCGUCCGUACAAAAUUAAUCUUAUUUGUUUAAAUGUUGCUUGAAGAGCAUUUUAAGUAUGUGAUAAAAGCAUUGUAUUCAGUCGAUAAAACAAAAAAAAUCAUUCAAGAGUGUUCACAUCACUUUGGCUUUUGAAAGAUCGGCCGCUCUGAAAAACAAAACACAAAGGAAAUAUUUGAACAAAUCAUGUCUUAUUUCAAGCGACUCUAUUCUUUGUGUAAAAUAAUAAAUUGAUUCAUAUGACUAUACCUUUGGCUUUCACUUCGACGAUCUUGAACAAAAUUUUUUUUGGAUCCAUGCCUUGGUGCUUUGUCAUUUUGUGCGUAUUGAAGUUCGUUUGAUUUUGAUAUAUUUGAUUACAAACAGUGCAUUUGAAAUUUCGCUGUACUUCGUCGUGCAAUUUUAGAUGCCGACGCAAAUUGCUUUGUUUGUUUGAACUGAAUUCCAUGAAACAUUUCGGACAAGUCAGCACUUCUUUUUCAACGGUGGUUUGUGGUUGAGCUGUGAAAUCGAUCGGUUCGACGACAAAAACGGGCUGAAUGUAUGGCUUGCUUCUCUUUCGGAGCUCUUUGAAUCGCUUUGACUUCGGCAUCGUAAACACGUAAACCCACGAUUAUAUUCUCAAUUCAAAAAUAAUUUUUUGAAAUUCAAAUCAAGUGCGAACUGCUCGGAAUGCUGAAUGUGUAUAAUUGAUGACUUAAGAAGUUGUGUUGAUUCAGCAGGAAGGGUACGCUCAGUGUGCAAAAAUGCGACUAUCAAUGUGUGUCCGAGGUAGUUUAUAACGAAUACAUGUAUACAUGUAUUUUUGCAUAUUGACAUCGGUCAAUAUUGUUUUAAAAUGAAAAUGGAUCUUUGAAUCGUGUGCAUGUAUUUACUGAAACGAUACAAGUGGACACAUCUUCAAAGCAACCGACAAAAUCUGUGACUUGAAGAGUUGUGUUGAUUCAGCAAGAAGGGUCGGGUGACAUAAUCAGUGUGUGAGAAUGCCAAUACAAAUGUGUGUUUGUGGUAGUGUAUAACGAAUAAAUUUUUUGGCGUCAUAAAUGCUGCAAUAUGAGAAUGAAUCUUUGUAUUGAGACAUUGUGUGCAUGUAGGAACGCUUCAGAUUGACAUAUCUUCACAGAAACUGAACAACUCUUUGUAGCUUGUUGAAAAAGUAUUUUGAUACAACAUCAAAAUGUUCUGGGGUUUGAAAAUAAACAAAGACAGUCGACAUGUCUAUAAUGGCGCAUCUGGUGACUUGCAUUUAUCGACAAUUCUUUUGGAUUGCGAAAUGUUACCAUCAAGUUACAAAAAAAUGACACAAGUUUGGGUGGAUUUCAACAAGAAAGAGCAUUUAAUUGCCAACUUAUGCCGUCAGACAAGUCAACUGGCCAUCGACAUUGGAUUCAUAAAAGGCGAGUCGGUAUCAUUCUUCGUGAAAGGUGAUGGUGACGUUUACAUUAAUGGAUACAUCACCAACGACAAUGAAGCUUCGACCACCCAAGAUGACGUCAUGUCUUUGAAGAGUGAUGAAGCGAAUGUCAAUAUUACCGAUAUGGCUAAUGAAGCAACCGAAGACGUAAAGGAUGAAGAAUGUUUGGCAAAAGGACGCGAACACCUUGAAAGAGCACCCGUAGUGCCAAAUCCUCGUGAGGUGCACAGUGACAGAGAAUGUUUUGCACAAGGUCGCGAACACCAUGAAAUGGCACCCGGAGUGCCAAAUCCUCGUGCGGUGCACAGUGACAGUGAGCAUGGUUUUUACGAUACCAACUGGGACGCCUACACCUAUCGCCAACCGCAAGGUUAUUGGAACGAAUGGGAUGAGCGUGCUUCACAAUAUCGAUAUCCGUAUCCGUCAGAUCGUUUCAUGGCCCGUCAGCGCUAUUCACCUUUCACGCCGAAAAGUAUUGUUCACAGCCCAACGGUAACUAAAGGUCCUACUCUCAUACCGACAGAAAGACUAAUGGAUCCUCGCGCCGUCAAGCGUGCAACCACCCACAAAACUCAACGCUAGUAGAGAGCAGUUUUGAACUCAUUUAUAUCCUUUCAUAAAUAGCCAUAGGCAUUUCAUUCAUAUUACAAAUAACAAUAAUAAUAAUUGAUCAUUUCUCUACAAUAAAUUUAUGAAUUUAAAGAGCUAUCUAGCUAAAUCUUCAAAGAGAUCGAAACAGUGUGUCAAUGUAAGUAAAGGGAUGAUGUGAAUUGAUUAAGUGUUUUUGACAUUUGAAUUUUUUAAUGUUUUAGACUGAUAUAAAUUCAAUACAACAUAUAUAUGCCUAAAUUACUUAUUUUCACCAUAAUUUGACUUAACAAAGACUAAGGAUAACAAUUUUUAUAAUAAUUCGAAGCUCUUAAAUAA